AUGCCUCUCAAAAUUCCUACCAAUGAAAAAGACAAUUCACAACUCUUACAAGAACAGCAUAAAAACGAAAUAAAUAAUAAAAUGGUGCGUGAAGAAGAAGAAGAAAGUGAUACAGGAAGGGGUUUGGCUAAAUCUUUGACGUUAAUGAAUGGUGUUUCGAUGAUUGUUGGAUGUAUUAUUGGAUCGGGAAUUUUUCUGUCACCUACGGGAGUUCAAAGAGAGGCUGGAAGUGUUGGAUUGUCUCUUCUAAUAUGGAUAUUUUGCGGUUUGUUUGUUGGACUUGGCUCUUAUUGUUAUGCCGAACUUGGGACCUUAAUUAAAAAAUCUGGUGGAGAUUAUGCUUAUAUUAUGGAAGCUUUUGGACCGUUUUUGGCAUUUAUUCGAUUGUGGGUUGAGGCUAUUAUUGUUAGGUAUAUUUUAAAAAUGAUUAAAAUUAUAAGGACCCCCUAUGAGAUACACUCUUUGGCUGAAAAAUUGGGCUUAUAA